AUGGCCAGCGAAUCGCACAGAGUAGGUGUCUUCGCGAGGUUGGCCCUACUGUGCUUUUGCCUAGCGAAAGCUCACGGCGCAGUCUACUCGCCCGGCGGUGGAGGCGUUUACGGGGACUCGUCGCCUCGCGAUGCGGGCGGCGAUCCGGUGUUUGCGGUGGUCCCGAGCCAGGACGUCAACCCGGACUACUACAUCACGCAGACGGUCUACGGGUUCCUCGACUUCACCACCACCAUCGGCAACACGGUGAUGAUCUUCUCGCCGCAGAGCGCCGCCCCGGCAGUAACAGAACCACCGAAAACGACGGCCCCGCCGCCACCGGUGAUUGAAACGACGCCCAGCACCACGUCGACCACCAGCGAGGAGGCGCUGCGGGAGAUCAAGCCGAGCAAAACGGUCGUGCUGCCGAUGCAGCCGAAGGAGAAGGUCAGCAUCGUGCAGGUCCUGCCGGAGACACCGAGGCCGCUGCCCACCAAGCCGACCGGGCCGCUCAAGUUUAUCCCGAAGGCGGUCCCGAAGGUGGCUAUCAAGCCGAUCCUCAAGCCGAAGCCCAAAGUAGUCGAGGUGACGCCACAGAAACCAUCGACCACAGCCGGCUUGCAGGAGCCUGCGGAGCCACAGGAGCCACGCUACAUCGUGAAACCGGUACCGAAGGCAGUGAUCAUCAAGCCGGUGGCGCCGAUCGUCAAGGUGGUGGCCACGAAGGUGGAACCAUCGACAACGACAACGGAGGCAGCACCGCUAGAGGAGGAAGAAUUGGAGGAAGAAUUGGAGGAAGAGUUGGAGGAACAGGAACCGGUGGCGCAGGAAGAAGUGCAGGCUGAAGAGCAGCACGAGUCGGCAGAACCAGAAGAAGAAGAAGUGGAGGAAGUGGAACAGGAAGAACCGAUUGAGGAGCCCAAACCCCAGGAACCGACUGUCAAAGUGACAGACAAGCAAAAGCCACACGUCAUCGAAGCUGUCAAACCUGUCACAACGACGACCACCACCACCACGACGACAGAAGAGCCAGCGCAGGAGUCGUUGGAUGAGGACGAUGAGGAACAGGAGGAAGAGGAGGAGGAACACUCGCCGAUCGUGUUUUCAACCGUUUCCGAAACCCAAGCGACCCCAGCGGUGACAGCGGUCCUGCCCUUGGAAACGGCCGAAGGCGAAAAGAAGACUUCUGUGGUGGUGACCCGGCUACCAGAGAUCCCUGCGAAUACGGAAGACGAAGAGGCAGUGGAUGCCGAAGGGGAGGAGGAAGACGAGCAGGAGGAGCCGGUCCCGGUGCUCCAGAUUGGGAACAACAUCGGCGAACCGGAGUACGACUUCCUGUCGCGCCAGCCUUCCGAGUUCGUCGAGGAGACGUUCCGCGUUGUCAACCUGCGGCCGACGGCAACGGCGCCCGCUGACGGUGGCGCCCGGACUCAGGGCGCGAAGGCGGCCAAGCCGAAGCGAGGUAAUAAGCGAGGGGGCGGCGCGCACCCGACCGGCCUGGUGACGAAGCUGGGCGGCACCGUGGUCAAGGAGGGCGUCACCACCGUCCACGAGACCAGCGUGAUCGGGACCUACAUUUCAGGAAAGUAUGCCCAGGUCCUACAGAGCACCUCUCAUGUCAUUCAAGGUAACAGUGGCAGUCACAGCCCGGCGGUGGCGGCGGCUGGAGCCGUCGUUGCGCCAGCCGCCGCCGAGGGGCGCCGCGUCAAGCUGAACCCCAGCUCGACGCUGCGCAUCCUCAAGACGGCGGCGCCGAGUCUGAACAAGACGCCCCGCUACAACCCGGAGGUAGCCGCCUCGAUCAUAACACCGUCGCCGGCCUCGCAGGCCCUCGACGACACCGGGCUGCCGCUGGAGAACCUGUUCGCCAGCGCGCCCAGCUCGAGCCCCCUGGUGCGACCGUCGCGCCGCCUACCGGGCGGCGGCAAUUCGGGCGGUGGUAACUUCAAGAACCGCCUGAAGAACCGCCUCGGCAAGGACGACAACGAGCUGCAAGACGGAGCGGCAGUGGCUGGCGAGGAGCCGUCACCGGCGGCCGCCACCAUCACGCCCCAGCCGCCGGCCGGCGGGGCGUACGGCAAGAAGCCGGCCAGCCGCUACCGCAACACCCAGGUCGUUAAGCCCGUCGCCAAGAAUACAAGAUUUAACCGCUAUUCUGCGUCUAGUGUGGAGGUGGCCACUGUGGUGGUGGCGACCGCGCAGAGUGCGGCCGCCGGCGUCCCGGCCUACCAGAACCGCCGCAAUAAGUCCUCUCGUAACGGUUUUAAACCAACAUCAUCCCACAGUGUCGUGUCGGCGACCGCUCAGUACCAGCAGCAGCAGCAGCAGCAGUACCAGCAACAGCAACAGCAGCAGGAGGCGGCGGCCGCUAACCGGCGGUCGUUCAAGCCGAAACCACAGCCAUCGGCACUGGAGCAGGACGGGCCCGGUCACUCGACCAGCCUGUACAAGUUCAAGCUGAACCGGUCACCGGGCCGCUGGCAGUACAAGUCACCGGCCAAGCCGACGGUGGCGAUCCGCAAGCAGAGCGUAGCGAAGGUGCCGGGCCUCGGCGGGUUGCCGCCGGGCAAGGAUCAGGUACUGACGACCGAGAGCCUCACGACGGCCCCGAUUUCCGAUCCGUCCGUACAGUUUAACGAUAUCGCGCAGUCGGGCGAGCAGUCGGAGAAGGUGGACCCGGACGGGGACCUGGACCAGUCCGGCUCGGUGCACGGCAACGUGCUGAACGACGCGGAAACCGACAACCAGAUCGAGCGCCGCUACCCGAUCGAGACGCUGAAGGUGGAGAUAUCGACGCCGGCCGACUUCCGGGACACGUACUACGAGAUUGCGACCAUCAAGUCGCCCUACACCUUCCAGGUGGGAACGGUGAAGAACACCCGCUACAUCACGGUCACGUCGACGAUCGAGAAGGUGUUGGAGCAGGAGACGGCCACCAUCACUCCAUCACUGACGGAGCCACUCACGGAGAACAUUCUGGCCACGACGACGCACAUCGACAAGGAGAGCAACCUGUUGGAUUCGAGCAUCGCGACGCUUCCGCCGAUCCUGCUUGGUACGGACACGGAAACGCCACCGCUCGAGACGCUCACGGAGACCUUCAGCACCACGCAGGUGAUGCUAAAGACGCACAUCCUGCCGGUGAUCCGCGACGGGGCCGACACCUCCAGCUACACCCUGAUCCAGACGUACCACGUGACGCGCCUGGUGACGGCCACCAAGACGCUGCCACCGAUGGAGCUGUAUCACUUUGUGCCUUCGCGAACGCUCAACGAGUUCAACAGCCGGCUGGACGAGGCCGGCUCCGAGCUGCACCUGGAGCUGGAGUUUGGCGACGACAACGAGAACGACGACGGCGACGAGAAACCGAAGCGCGAGCGGUUGCCGUCCGAUCUGGACCUCUCCAGUAUCGGCUCCGACUUUGACCUGUCCGAAGUAGACAAGGCCAACUUGCCGGAGAACAUUCGACCGAAGAAGAAGGUGUCGUCCGGAGGUAACAACCGGGAGAACCGCAUUACGACCGAGGCCCCGGUCACGACACCGGCCCUCACACCGGAACAGCUGCAGCAACUGGCGCUCCUGCGGCUCCUGAACCCGGCCGCAGCCGCGCAGAUCCCGUCCGUCAUCACGUCCUCCAAACCGGUGGUCAAACUGGAGACGGUCUAUGAGUCGCACGUCCUGCCGAUCGUCAACGGACAGAACACGAUCCUGAGCACCAUUUCGCGGCCGAUCGGAACGAUCACCAAGACGAACUACGAGAUCGUGACGACGACGCUGCCCUCGCUACCGCUGCCACCGAUUCCCCAGCUGAACCCGUUCCUGCAGCCCCAGCAACCGCCGCAACUGCAGCAGCACCAACUGCAACAGCAGCAGGUCCAGCUCCAGUCGACGCCCGUCGUCACGCAGACGAUCGUCACCGAGACCAACAGCAAGGUGCUGAAGCUGACGUUUGGCGCCAAGACGGCCUACACCACGCUCUACUCGACGACGGUCGUGCCAACGGUGCUGACCACCUACCUAACGCAGUCGGUCUCCGUCCAGCCGACGGCCGCCUUCCCCGGCUACUUCCCCAAUCCCUACGCACCCUUCCCGUACGUCGGAUAGACGGCCACGGCGUAGAGGGUUGCGCGAUGCUUGCCGAGGAUGGGGUGUGGAUUAGGAUUAGGAUAGAACCGAAUUGCGGCCGCCCUCCGGCACAACGACGACGGAAUGGAAUCGAGACAUUCACAGAGGGGAGCAUUGGAACCAGAUGUCUGUUAACUGUUUAUCUACAACAAUCUACCCAACAACCAACGACCAUCGGUCAGCCCACGAUCAAUGCUGCCCCAGCACGACACGGCGUAAACGAACCUCAUCUUCCUGGCACUCCACAGACAGACACCGGACGACCGGUGCCUUACCACACGCAGGACGAAACAAUAGUCACGGGCAUCAAACACGGGGGGCACCGUAAAAAGGGACUCACCCAAGCCAAACCCCGCGGUCGAAAAUCCGUUUGAAAGGUUUGUUUGGCGCAGCAAUGUUUUAUGUUAUUUGCAUGUUUCGGUGGACCCACGGCACGCUCUUCGUCCGCCUCAUUUUUUUUCUUGUUGUUCUUCUGCCUGGUCUUCCUCCGCCAAGCGGAUCAAAGUUGACCCGUCCGAAGGAGCGAAGCAGCGGAAAGAAAACCCCUCAGUAAAAUAUUCCAUUCCGUUUAGUGGGCGAAACAUUUUCACCCCCGUGCUUUUUUUUCGAUUCCUUCUUUCUGUCCCUCGGCUGCCGCGAGCCGUGCCGGCGGAAGGUGGAUAAAAUUUGCCUUAAGAAUAGCAUUAAAUUUAACUCAAAAUAGAGCACUAUAAAGCGUAAAAAGGGCUGCUGCGCUCUUCGCCUCUCGUUCACUCCCGCGUCCCUGACUUCCUUCGCUGCAAGGGUUUUCGGGGUCGCCAGCGGGAAAAGGAUGCGCAUAAUUUUGCGCCACAGCAAAGCGUGGCCCGUCGAACCGUGCGGAAGGUUUUUGAAGAAAACCAUACCACCCCCGUAACGAGGCGCGGAACAGAAACACACACACACAGAAAAAAAGGUUCGGUGCAUAGAGCUCAAGUUAAGUGCAAUCGUCGAGAAUUUAGAGCGCCAGAAAAGGGACCAUAAAAGAAUAAGCGUAUUAUCCAUCCUUCCGACGUCGCAUCGAAUGUAAUGGACGAACCCGUAAACGGAUAAUUUUGUAAAUAUUUUAUACGAUUAUUGAACCCAGCGCAGCAGCAGCUUCGGCCGUUGGCCUAUUGUUGUUGUUGCUGUUGUCGGGCUUGUCGAGGAGCGCGCGCAACGCGAAGCGAAAAGGAUUCAUCUCUUCCGCACAACGGCAAAGUCCAUUUUCCGUUUUUCUUUUGUAAAUAUACUACUCUCGCGCCACUUCAUCCACCUUCGGGAACGUUAAAAAAUUUAUUUUAUUUCCUUCAUUUUUCGUU